AUGUCUUUUAAUUGCCUCAAUUGUUUCUUCACGUUGACAGGAUACGAUGUUUCCGACGAAGACAUUAACCUUUCACUCCAGCAGUUUCGAGCGCUCUAUGGCGAACUUCCUGACGUAGAUCAACUCCGUAUCUCUGCCAAACACCGCUUCGAUUCUUCCAAAAAGAUAGCGGUUUUGUUUUGUGGAACUGGUACGGUUCAGGUCAAUGAAAUGCGAGUCAUUGCAGCGGAUGUACUUAACCGAGAAAGUAUAACUGGAUUGAUACUGGUUCUGCAAGGUCACAUAACAAAUCAAGCUCUAAAAGCCGUUGAGCUUUUCAUGUUUAAGGUCGAGUUAUUCGAGAUAACAGAUUUGCUGGUUAACGUAACAAAACAUGUCUUGAGGCCAAGACAUCAGGUUUUGAAUGAUGACGAGAAGGAAUCACUUCUCAAGACAUACAGUCUCGAGGAAAAACAACUUCCUCGGUUAUCGAGCAAAGACCCGAUUGUGCGAUACUAUGGACUAGAGACAGGGCAAGUCAUGAAGAUCACAUACAAAGACGAGCUCAGUGAUUCGCAAGUUACAUACCGAUGCGUCGGGUAAUCUCGUCUUGUUUAUAUCUUUAGCUCUCUUUGUGUGUAGAAAUUAAUUUGUAUCACGUUUUGAUGUCAAAAUCUGUACUUUUUCUGUUUUUUUAACUGUAAGCUUUGUGUUUCCUUUUUGAUGUUAACAUAAAAAUCUUUCGUUAAUUUAUUCAAUUUUGAUGAUUUUAUUGAAGUUGUCAGCAUUAUUUAUAAAGUAUAAUCCAAUAACACCCCCUAAGA